UCCCUUAAAUAUGUAUUUUUAUCUUUUCUAUGUUAAUAAGAAGUAAAUUUCAUAAUUUUAUAUAGAAAUAGCAUGUAUUUCAUGAGCACAAAAUAAUUCUUAAAAAAAACAACUGAAAAAAUAAGAGUGUUCUCUGGCAUAGGUGGGAAGAGUAUGGUUUUCCAGAAAUUUCUAUGUUGGCAAACAAGUCAAAAAGAAGUGGGGAAUAAUUAGUUAAUUCACGGGAAAUGGUGAUAUUUUUUUUCGUGUGGAUUGUUGGACCCUGGUGUGAAAUGGAAACUUGUAUUUCUUCCCUCUCCCUACGCUCCUUUCUAUAUAUCUUUCAAUUUCUUCACAAGUUCAACCCAUAGCUUCCAUCCCUGCAGUCUUCUUCUACCUCCUCCUUAAUUCAUUUUCUCUUUCAAAAUAACCAAUCCCCUCUUUCUUUUUCUUUUUCCUUACCAGAGACUUCAUAAUCACCAAUUCAACAUGGCAUAUGAAGAUCAAUACCAGCAAUCCCUGCUGCUAAAAUAUGACACUCUUCUCUUUGACGUGGAUGAUACCCUGUAUCCCUUAAGCACUGGUUUCUCGAAGGAAUGCGCCAAGAACAUUGAAGAAUAUAUGGUUCAGAAGCUUGGUAUUCCAGAAAAUAAAGCCUCUCAAUUGAAUCAAGAAUUGUACAAGAACUAUGGAACCUCAAUGGCGGGUCUCAAGGCUAUUGGCUAUGAUUUUGACAACGAUGAAUAUCACAGCUUUGUUCAUGGAAGAUUACCUUAUGAGAAGCUGAAGCCUGACCAUGUUCUAAGGAGUCUUCUGCUUAGCUUGCCUGUCCGUAAAGUUAUAUUCUCAAAUGCUGAUAAAGCCCAUGUGGCUAAAACUCUAAGCAAGCUUGGAUUGGAGGACUGUUUUGAGAGGAUUAUAUGCUUCGAGACCCUUAAUCCCAGUGGCAAAACCAGUACUAGUUUUGAUGAUAAAAAUGAGCUUCAACUUGGAAGUGAAAUGCUUGAAAUCUCUGAUCAUUCUUGUCAAUCUGAUAUUGGUUCAAUACUUCCUAAAACUCCAAUCGUCUGCAAACCAUUUGAAAAUGCAUUUGAACAGGCCUUUAAAUUGGCUAACAUCAAACCUCAAAGAACAAUAUUUUUUGAUGAUAGCAUCCGGAACAUACAGACAGGAAAGCAAAUGGGACUCAGGACUGUGUUGGUGGGCAAAUCGAAUCGAGUUUCGGGGGCUGAUUAUGUUCUUGACAGCAUCCACAAUAUGAAGGAAGCACUGCCAGAACUCUGGGAAGCAAAUAGCAAGAAGUCAGAAACUACAAAAUAUAUAGCAAGUGUUUCAAUUGAAACAUCUGUGACAGCCUAACUUACCACUGUGUAUCUCAGUUUCUGUAACAUCGAUCAUUUGUGCAGGAAAUUUUUAUCCCUACUGAUGAUCAUCAAUAAAGAUUUUGUUUUUGGGAGUCUUAA